CUUCUGAAUGCUGAGAAUCACAGAAAAGAUGAUAAGCAAGAGAACAUGUUACCGUCGUCCUCGGCUUAUCCCUUUCCUUACUCCUCAUGAGGCCUAGUUUUCUCGAAAGCAACAUGACCCAGUGAACAUCAUGCUUCCUCUUGGAAUACGCCAUGAUGAAAGACCCAGAGCUUGAUCAACUCCAUCACCACAACCAGCAGCAGCGAGACCUGGAAAUCCUCAAAGCCGUCGCUCAGGCUAUUUACAAUCAUUCCGGCAAUUCUAGGCCCAUCAGUGAAUUCGACGCUCAUCCUCGGAAUUUCAAGUGCAAGCCUUCAAGAUUUCAACCCCAGUCGGUGACCACCAAAUCUUCGACUAUCGAGGAACCCGGCGUUGCUCCCACCUGGGAUUUCAAUCAGUCGCUUUGGGACUCAUACGAGCUCGUCACUGUCUCCCGAAGGUUAGAGACAGGCUUAAGUUUGGAUACCGAUGACCCCUUUUCUGUCUCGAGUUUGAGUGGAUUCCUUAGGAGGCGUAGGCAGGAGAGUAACAAUAGCCUUAGGAAUCUGUUCAAUCAAAUGUCUUCUCGGAGAUUUAAUGAGAACCAAGUUCCACGCCAAAAUAAUAGUUAAAGUUUUAUCUCUGACAAUUUUUCUUCUUCUUUAGUUCGUACAUUUCAUAGGGGGAAAAAAUCAAGCUCUUCCAUUAUUCGGGAAAAACCAAUGAAGAAUCUGUAAAAAAAUCUUCAGCCUAUUCUUCAUUGUAUUGUACUUUCAAAACGUUGCAGCGUCAAAGUUUGUUAUUCUUACAUCAACAUUAUGACUUUUACCAAUCCAAA